AUGCCACAGCAACCGCCCACAGGAGGCACGUCGGCCCUUGGCGCCGGCUUCAACCUCGUAAACACGCUCAUCGGCUCAGGAAUCCUCGCCCUGCCCUACGCGCUGCGCGAAGCCGGCUUCUAUUUCGGCAUCCUUUCCCUCAUAUUCGUUGCCAUCCUGGGCAACAUAUCGCUCAACAUACUCAUCUAUGGCGGACGGCGUUCAGGCCAGUACAAGUACGAGUCGGUAUCCGAGGCCGCACUGGGACGAAUUGGCCAUUACCUGCUGUCGUUUGGUCUGUCGGUGAACUCUAUCGGCAGCUGCAUCAGCUACCUGAUUAUAGUUGGCGACAUUACCACUGUCAUCGUGCAGAACACAUUCGGCGUCAACGUGUUUACCUCGCGCGAGGCCGGUGAUUCUGGUAGCCGCCAUCGGAUUCACGUUGCCGCUGCUCCCUCGGCACUAUCGAUUUUCUGCCUACCGGUGAUUGUACUUAUUGUCGCGGUGCGCGGCCCGGCGUAUGCGCCGCCAGAGCCUACGCCUACGCCGGUGUUUGGCAAGAGCAUUCUACCAGCCAUCGGCGUCAUUGCCUUUGCUUAUGCCUGCUCGCAAACCGCGCUCCAGAACUACCAGACACUGAAGCACAAGACGCUGCAGCAGUGGCACACGGCCACGCGCUUUGCUUCAGGCACAGCCGCUGUCAUUUACAUUGCCUUUUCCGUCGUCAGCUAUCGGUCAUUUGGCUUCAACACCCAGCCAAACCUACUCAACAACUUUGCUAAUGACGAUGGGCUGGCAAACGUUGCAAGAGUCUUGCUGGCAUUUACGUUGACGCUGACCUAUCCAAUGCAAUUCUACCCAGUGCGCGACCUCUUCACGUCAGCACUUGGGCUCUCGCUCGACACGACGAGGGCAUCGGCGGUCAAGUUCCACACGCUGUCGCUGCUGAUGUUCGCUGGCACCGUCGCUACUGCUCUGGCCGUAAGCGACCUGGGAUUUGUAUUCAAGCUGAUCGGCACAGCCGCGUCGAGCCUGAUCGUGUUUUUACUCCCAGGCACCAUAUAUCUUCGGCUGGUCUCGCCGUACACUGCCAAGAAGGCCAGCAUUGCCGACGAGUCGACCGCGCUCAUCGAGCACGACUACAUCGAUGACACAUCGGAUAUCCCCGAGCCCAGCACUACCUUCUGGUCAGUUGUUGUACUUGCUGUUGGCAUCAGCGUAUUCUUCGUUGGAUCCUGGUCGACCAUCAACGAGUACAUUUCCUCAUAG